AAACUCAAUGAAAACUCACCUAGAGAAGUACAGAGGGACACCCUUUAUGGCUUGCUUUUACUACUGAGCUACUACACAAGUGGCCCUCCUUCGUAAUUGUAGUUUUGUACCUUUCAUUCAUCAACUCUAUUAUUUUUUCCCUCUUUUCUUUCAAGCACAGGUUAGAUGAUUCUGUUUUUCUAGGAGGAUUUUUGAACCACAUCCAAUCUAAACCAACUCUCUCAUCUUCCUUAUUCCCUUUGAAUUUUCUCCAAUCUUCAAGGCAAUCAAUACCCUUGUAGAAUUGAUGUCUAAUAUGUACAAUCAGAUUUCCUCACCUUCAUCCCAAAGGGCUAAUUCUCCAAAUAUAAACAUGAGAAGCAAUUUUGAUGUUGAUAGUCAAUACUUAGCGGAGCUGCUAGCUGAACACCAGAAACUCAGACCUUUCAUGCAAGUCCUGCCCUUGUGUAGCAGACUUCUCAAUCAAGAGAUUUUAAGGGCUUCUGGGAAGAAUGGAAUGUUGCAGAACCAAGGGUUUAGUGACUUUGAUAGAUUGCAAGUCUUAAGCCCCGGUCAUAUGACUUCUUCAGAGUUAACGCCAAACUUCUCAGGAUGGAACAGCCUGUCUCAUGAACAGAGGUUGGCUGGAGCACAGGGACUAAACAUGGAUUGGCAAGCACCACCAGCUGUUCCAAGUUCUCACAUAGUGAAGAAGAUAUUGCGCUUGGAUAUUCCUAUGGAAAGCUACUCAAAUCUUAAUUUUGUUGGGCGGCUUCUUGGUCCUAGGGGUAAUUCACUGAAGCGAGUUGAAGCUACCACGGGUUGCCGUGUAUAUAUCAGAGGGAAAGGUUCAAUUAAGGACCUAGACAAGGAAGACUUGUUAAGGGGAAGGCCGGGCUAUGAGCACCUGAGUGAACCGCUUCACAUUUUGAUUGAAGCUGAACUACCUGCCAAUAUUGUUGAUGUAAGGUUGAGGCAAGCACAGGAAAUCAUCGAAGAGAUACUUAAGCCCGUGGAUGAAUCACAGGACUUUUACAAGAGACAGCAACUAAGAGAGCGUGCAAUGCUCAAUUCCAAUUUUAGAGAAGAGAGCCCUCAACUUAGCGGUAGUGUCUCUCCAUUCACUUCUAAUGAAAUAAAACGGGCAAAAACGGAUCAAUAAUGGUUAUAUGUUGAGAUUGUUGCACACUUGCACUUGAUGUUCCUUCCUACUAAUGAAUUCUGUAAGGCUGCAAAGAGAAAAUCUUGCUGAUUUGGAGAACAAACUAAGGGGAGAAACACAUUCACUGCCAGUCUAUUGCAAUAGUGGAGUUGCAAAACUGGCAGAAUUCUUUUUGAACUAUGAUUUGACCUGUUCAUAUAUCUAUCUGUGAUGUGUAUAAUUAUGGUAUUGCUGGGAUUUUAUAAACUGUUUAUUGAUAGUAUGAGAAAGAUUUGUUUCA